AUGGCUAGUGCUGCACUGGAUAGUGUUCCCCAGUUCAAGGACCGCGCCAAAAAGAUUGGGGUCACAGAUGAGGUGCUUCAGGAGUUGAUCGCCGCCAAUUUCGACACCUUCGGCAAGUUGUGUUUCGCAGCAUCCUCCUCACCCCAUCAGCUCGAUGACGCUGCAGUGACUGCUUGGAUGGAAGCCACUUUUGCCAACCCUUUGUCCCCAUUUCAGACUGCUUGCAUCAGGAGAUUGAUGUUUGAAAGUCAAUCCAUGAAUAUUGCUGAGCUGCGCUCCCGUGUCGAGCCCACUGGUGAGGCCCAGGUUCGAAAAUUGCCCCCGGCAGAGCGUGCAGCAAGGGCCAAGGCCCAAGAGGCGCGUCUCCAAGGUGUUGUGUUCACUCCGGAGACAUCCCCUGCCAAUUGCCUCGUUGAUCUGUUUGUCGACAUGGGGGAACAGGGGAUUCUCACUUACCUGGGUCCAGAAAGGUGCAUCUCCCGUGCACAAGAGCUGCAGCUCUCUCGUAAGGACAAGUCCAUUCAAGUCGAGGCCGAUGGUCGGAUGCGUGUGAUCGCCCACUCGAAGGACCCUACUUGUGAGGUAUCAUCUGACACCAAGUUGAGGGCGGCCUGGCUACGUCGCUCUCUUGCCAUGGACCAAGCCGGUCUUUGCAGCUUCAUAGAAAUCGAAAAGUGGGUGCAGCACUUGUUCUCCAUACAGGCGCGUGAGGUUCCCAAAGGUUUCCAAUCAAUCAGUGUGCAGCAGCUCAUAUCUGCCGACAAAGCCCUGUUCAUUUUCGCUUCCGAGAAGAUGAUCGGAACCUUGCUUGCUGCUCCCAACCAGCCUAAGCCGCUUGAUGCGCAGAUCCGUACCCUCAUGUACGCCAACGAGGUGGUGCGGUUCCUCAAUCCGCUCCCGCGUUUGCCCGAGCCUCACCUUCCCGGAAAGCCCCAGCUGAAGGGCCAGCCCAAAGGGGGGGGCAAGGGCACUACCCCCAAAGGGAAGCGGGAUGGUAAGACUCCUGAAACUGCCUUGAUCGUUCCCGAGGGCUGCGCUGCCGGCCCUAUAGCCCAGUCCACGGGUGAAGUCGGGGGAGUUUUGCCUUCUUCUGCGGAGGCCCUGGCCUCUUCUUUUCUCCAGCAAAGAACACCUUUGAGCCGUCAGCAAGCUUGUGAAGUUUUCGACCGGCUUCCCGCCCUAAAGUCCCGCCGCUCCGCUAAGACCGGGCCGGGGAAGACAUUUGUGGUGGGGGCCUAUGUGUUUUCCAACAACGUGGGCCUCACGGCUUCUUUCAGAGACUACCCUCAGUCGGCCCGCGUUUUCACCACGCUGGUGCGGCAUUUCGCACCCCUGCAUGCUUUCAGCUCCAUCGCCAUUUUUCAGAACCUUGAAGCGCCCGUGCAUCAAGAUGUGCAUAAUGCGGAGGGCAGUUUGAAUUUCCUCAUAGCUCUUUCAGACUUUCAGGAGGGCGCCAUCAUCGUCGAGGACCCUGAUGGCCCGGAACGUGCUGUGCUUCGAGACCAAGUCAUGCGUGGUCGAGUCAUACCUUGGCACUUGCAUACCCUGAGCUUUGAUGCCCGUAAUCAGAAACACUGGACCCAGCCUUGGAAGGGUUCCCGCACUGUCCUCGUGGCCUAUAGUGUUCGGGACUUACACUUGCUGUCCGAGCAGGACGCUGUUCGCCUGCGUGAUGUCGUCUCCGUGGAUCAUAAGGUUCGCGGUGCUCUGGUCCCCAUUUGCCAGUUGGACUUGUGCAAUGCUGCCUGUCAACAAAUGAUCCUUCACCUCCUGCAGACUGUACCGCCGGCUUUCGUCCAUCUGGGUUUUCCAUGUGGCACGUCCUCCCGGGCCCGUGACCGCCCUGUGCCUCCGCAUCUUCGACUCGCAGGGGUCCCCGACCCGAAGCCCCUUCGGUCUGCCGAGCACCCUCUAGGACGCCCUGACAUACGCCCCGACAGCGUGGAUGCCUUGAAGGUUGCCGCGGCAAACGAGCUUUACCGCUUUUCGGCCCAGGUCCUUCGCUGGUGCCUGGAAAACAAUGUGCCUGUCAGCUUGGAGAACCCAGCCCGGAGUUGGGCUUGGGCCGUGCUCAUGAUUCAUGUGCGUGAAUGGCCGCUUGCCACGCAACGCGCCUUUAAUCGCUUGUCCCAGGUUCUCUUUGAUGCCUGCGAGCAUGGCGGCAGCCGCGCCAAGCGAACGAAGUUGUUGGCGACCGCCGGUCUCUUUGAGCCCCCGGCCGUUCUCUGCUCAGGUUCCCAUGAGCACCUCCCCUGGGGAGUGCGACCUCAUUUUUCCCACUGGCGCUUCAACACGGCUGAUGAGGCCGAGUAUCCUGCUCUUUUGGCACAGUGCAUGGCCGCCCGGGUCCGAGUGUUCGUGCAAGAGUCCCGUCCCUCAGUCUUUCAGUCCGAGCUGCGCUUGCGUGACCUCGCCUCUGCUGCCGCGCAAAAGCAGCGUCGCCGCCACCCGCCUCUCUUGCCCGAGUUUGCAGAAGUCCUCUGGGGGGAGGAGGACUUCGUCAGGGUUGGGCGUUUCCGAUCCCCGCAGGAGUUCUUCGACAGGGCUAUCACUUUGGCACAUCCUGUCGACACGGUCAACCCAGUGGACCAGAGCACCCUAGAUGCAAUCGACUUUUGCGCCAGUCAGUCUAAGCAACAUGUGGACAUGAUCAGAAAACUUGCCAUCUUGAAACUUAAAUUGCUGAUUAAAAAGCUUGCCCCAGAGGAGAGGCGCUUGCACCAGAGGCUGCCGGCCUCUGUUCAAAAGGUCGUUCGCAACAAGAAUCUUCUGGCAUGGCAGGCUUUGCUUCAGGAACACGGUUUUGACGACAUGGAUGUUUUCCGCUUGAUGACUGAGGGGGUGCGAGUGACGGGCUCGCAACCUCACCCUCCAGCGUUCGAUGUGAAGCUGGUGCCGGCGACGCUCUCUGUCCAGCAGCUUCGCGAAACGGCGAAGGUCCGUCGUCAGGCCAUGAUCCUUGACCGAGGCAGGCCGGGCGACCCUGAGCACCCGAGGCUCCUCCUGGAGUCGACAAUGGAGGAGGUAGACCGUGAGUUCCUUGAGGGCCCAUUUACGCAAGAGGAGGUGAACCAGGUCCUGGGGCAUGACUCAUGGUGCACCAUGAGGCGUUUUGUUCUUGUCCAGGGAUCCGAGAAAAAGCUGCGCCCGAUCGACGACGCCAGUGAGAACCAGGUGAAUGCAGCCUGCACCAGCACGGUGAGGUUGCAGCUGCAGGACCUGGACUACGUUUCGGCGGUUGCUCUGGCCAUCAGUCGUCGCCUGGGGGCGUUGCCAGAGAGCGAGCCCUGGAAGGGGAAAACCCUUGACCUCUCCAAAGCCUACAAACAGGUUCCGCUUAGUCCACAGGACAGAGACCUGUGCGUCGUCUACUUCAAGGGCCCGGACGGUAAGGACCUUUUCUUUAUCCCGAACGCCCUAAUGUUCGGGGCUGUGGCUGCCGUCUACAGCUUCAACAGAAUCUCCCGCAGUAUUGGCUUCUUGCUGAAUCGACUUUUGAAGAUUCCUUCCUGCUGCUACUUUGAUGACUUUCCGCUUUUCAGCCCGUCCUCUUCUGCCUGUGAAGCAGACGCAUCAGCCAGUGAGUUCCUAUCCCUCCUGGGGUGGGACCAUGCCCAGUCGGGUUCAAAGGGCCUUCCCUUUGAGUCGUCCUUCGCAGUGUUGGGCACUGUUCUCGACUUGUCACAAGUCCACAAGGGGCAGAUCACGUUGGUUAACAAACCAGGCCGUGUGGAGAGGAUAGUUGAGGAGUUCACCCGGGCCUCCGAGGUUACUGCUGUGACUCGGCAUCACCUACAGGUCCUCCAGGGACUGCUCAACUUCGCAUCUGGUUUCCUUUUGGGUCGGGGGCUGAAGCACAUGUGUAAUGAGCUUUCCGACUUGGGCCAGUGGCCGCACCCGGCGGCGGUGGACACCCUGCGUGACAUUGCAAAGAGACCCGAGGAUAUCCUUAGGCACUCCCCGCCCAGAGUUCUUGCCGCAUCCGCCAUUUUGGAACCUAUUUUCAUCUGGACAGAUGGAGCAUGGGAGCCGCCGAGGGCAGGGGUCGGGGUUGUGUUCUUUGAUUCCCUUUCGAGGGAAGGCAGGGUGUUCGAGGGAUUAGUUCCGGAUUCCUUCCUGCAGCAGUGGGCGUCUGAGCAAGGGCAUGCCCGGGAUGAAGCCUUCCUCAUUUGUCAGAUUGAGCUUUUCGUCUUAUCCUGGGUGCGCAAUGCCCUCAAGGAGCGUCUUCACCAUCGUCGUGUGAUAUACUUCUGCGACAAUGACGCUGCCCGAUACGCAGCAGUCCGAGGUUCAAGUCGGGUGUCAUCGAUGCUUGAUCUUAUCUUUGCCUUUGACGCUCCCGACCGUGAGUACCCGAGCAUAAGCUGGAUCUGCAGGGUCCCUUCGUUUUCCAACAUCUCGGAUGCUCCAUCACGGGGCAGAGGGAUUGAGGUCCUGGAGAUCUGUGGAGCUUUGAAAGUUGAGCCGAUGGAGGGCAUGGACUCCAUGGCUUCACUGUGGGCAUCCAGGCGCAAGCGAAAAGGGGGUUGA